AUGUUAGUACAUGGUACAACCCCCACAACCCCUCAGAUGUUAGUACAUGGUACAACCCCUACAACCCCUCAGAUGUUAGUACAUGUUACAGCCCCCACAACCCCUCAGAUGUUAGUACAUGGUACAACCCCCACAACCCCUCAGAUGUUAGUACAUGGUACAACCUCCACAACCCCUCAGAUGUUAGCACAUGGUACAACCUCCAUAACCCCUAAGAUGUUAGUACAAGGUACAACCUCCAUAACCCCUAAGAUGUUAGCACAUGGUACAACCCCCACAACCCCUCAGAUGUUAUCACAUGGUACAACCUCCAUAACCCCUAAGAUGUUAGUACAUGGUACAACCUCCAUAACCCCUAAGAUGUUAGUACAUGGUACAACCCCCAUAACCCCUAAGAUGUUAGCACAUGGUACAACCCCCACAACCCCUCAGAUGUUAGCACAUGGUACAACCUCAAUAACCCCUAAGAUGUUAGUACAUGGUACAACCCCCACAACCCCUCAGAUGUUAGUACAUGGUACAACCUCCACAACCCCUCAGAUGUUAGUACAUGGUACAACCCCCACAACCCCUAAGAUGUUAGUACAUGGUACAACCUCCACAACCCCUCAGAUGUUAGUACAAGGUACAACCUCCAUAACCCCUAAGAUGUUAGCACAUGGUACAACCCCCACAACCCCUCAGAUGUUAGCACAUGGUACAACCUCCAUAACCCCUAAGAUGUUAGUACAUGGUACAACCCCAACAACCCCUCAGAUGUUAGUACAUGGUACAAUCUCCACAACCCCCUCAGAUGUUAGCACAUGGUACAACCCCCACAACCCCUAA